UGGGCGCCUCGGAUCCGGCUGCUCUCGAGCUGCUGGCUCUCCCUUUCCUUUUCCGGGUGCACGACGACUGCAAAGUCUCUAUGCAACUCAGCCCCGGCGCGCACUUUGCCAGGUAUGUACCGCGGGCGAGGCGCGUUCUGCGCUGAGGCAGAUGCUGCUGCCGCCACGGCGGCGGCAGCUGCCAGCUCCCGGGCUCUGUAACUGUCACACUGCACCUGAACUGAACUUGAGAGAGCGAAGGGGCCUUUGGACAACGCUCUUGACAGGCGCAGAGCUUGUUUGUGGACCUGGGGGAGGAAUAUCUACAGAUCGUCGCCUCCCGCCGUGAGCGCCACACACCACCUCCAUCUCUGCAAACACCGCAGGAGUAGAGGAGGCGAGCGGACUCCCAGAGACGUGGGAUAGCGGCUGUGACCGCAUCUCCAGAGCUACAACAACAGGUCCUCUCUUUGAGACGCCUUUGGCGGGAAGGACUACUUGCAGAGGGAAGGUUUGAAACCACAAGAAGGGAAGGUGAAAGCCUGACCCAUUCAAGACACUACCACUGGGUGACUCCUCCUGUUUUGUCUUUCCUACUCCAAAUACUGACCCCAGAUUAUCAGACUGUGUCAGGAGAAAGCCAAGACACCUGUUUGAAGAAGUUGCUGUCUCUGAAGUCACCUGUGUGCUUACAAGUGCCAGGAGGUGUCCUGGCCUAAUUGUUGUCAGAGAUUUGCUCAGGUUCUUUUGAGAGAGCUUUUUGGGUCACUGUAUUGUUUUCUUUUAUUCCAAAUAUUUGCCUGUGAGGGAAAGUUGCCCUGAAGGGUACUGCGACUUCACCUGCUCCUGAGAGUAAGGGUGUACCUGUGUUUGGAUUGGCGUGAGGAGGUGCCGCUUUGGGUAGCACCAGAUAACUGGCCAGAUUACUCUUGUCGCUUCCACCAGGAGAAAACAUGGCGGCUGGCGUUGCUGCGUGGCUGCCCUUUGCCAGGGCAGCGGCCAUUGGGUGGAUGCCUGUGGCCUCCGGGCCCAUGCCAGCUCCCCCAAGGCAGGAGAGAAAAAGGACUCAGGAUGCACUAAUUGUGCUGAACGUGAGUGGCACUCGUUUCCAAACAUGGCAGGACACACUGGAACGGUACCCAGACACACUGCUGGGCAGUUCAGAGAGAGACUUUUUCUACCAUCCAGAGACCCAACAGUAUUUCUUUGACCGUGACCCAGAUAUUUUCCGCCACAUCCUCAAUUUUUACCGCACUGGGAAGCUCCACUAUCCCCGCCACGAGUGCAUCUCUGCUUAUGAUGAAGAAUUGGCCUUCUUUGGCCUCAUCCCAGAAAUUAUUGGUGACUGCUGUUAUGAGGAAUAUAAAGACCGCAGGCGGGAGAAUGCUGAGCGCCUGCAGGAUGACGCGGACACUGACAAUACAGGAGAGAGCGCACUGCCCACCAUGACAGCUCGGCAGAGGGUCUGGCGGGCCUUCGAGAACCCUCACACCAGCACCAUGGCCUUGGUGUUCUACUAUGUGACAGGGUUCUUCAUCGCCGUCUCAGUCAUAGCCAAUGUGGUGGAAACAGUCCCAUGUGGAUCUAGCCCAGGCCACAUUAAAGAACUGCCUUGUGGGGAACGAUAUGCAGUGGCCUUCUUCUGCUUGGACACUGCCUGUGUCAUGAUCUUCACUGUCGAGUACUUGCUUCGCCUGGCUGCAGCACCCAGUCGUUACCGUUUCGUGCGCAGUGUCAUGAGUAUCAUCGACGUGGUGGCCAUCCUGCCUUAUUACAUUGGGCUGGUGAUGACAGACAAUGAGGACGUCAGCGGAGCCUUUGUCACACUCCGAGUCUUUCGAGUCUUCAGGAUCUUUAAGUUUUCCCGCCACUCUCAAGGCCUGCGCAUCCUGGGCUACACACUGAAGAGCUGUGCCUCAGAACUGGGCUUCUUGCUCUUUUCUCUCACCAUGGCUAUCAUCAUUUUCGCUACGGUUAUGUUCUACGCAGAGAAGGGGUCUUCAGCCAGCAAGUUCACCAGCAUCCCUGCAGCCUUCUGGUACACCAUUGUCACCAUGACAACACUAGGGUAUGGUGAUAUGGUACCAAAAACCAUAGCAGGGAAGAUUUUUGGUUCCAUCUGUUCCUUGAGCGGAGUCUUGGUCAUUGCUCUACCUGUUCCAGUGAUUGUGUCCAACUUCAGUCGGAUCUACCACCAAAACCAACGAGCGGACAAACGGAGGGCACAGAAGAAAGCAAGGCUGGCCAGGAUCCGAGCAGCCAAAAGCGGAAGUGCAAAUGCUUACAUGCAGAGCAAGCGGAAUGGUUUGCUCAGCAACCAGCUGCAGUCCUCAGAGGAUGAGCAGGCAUUCAUUAGCAAAUCCGGCUCCAGCUUCGAGACCCAGCACCACCACCUGCUUCACUGCCUGGAGAAAACCACGAACCAUGAAUUUGUGGAUGAACAAGUCUUUGAAGAGAGCUGCAUGGAAGUUGCCACUGUCAAUCGUCCUUCAAGUCACAGUCCCUCUAUCUCUUCACAACAAGGAGUCACCAGCACUUGCUGCUCAAGACGACACAAAAAAACUUUCCGCAUUCCAAACACCAAUGUGUCAGGAAGUCACCGAGGCAGCGUGCAAGAGCUCAGUACAAUUCAGAUCAGAUGUGUGGAGAGAACACCACUAUCCAACAGCCGAUCCAGCUUAAACGCCAAAAUGGAAGAGUGUGUUAAACUAAACUGUGAACAACCUUACGUGACUACAGCAAUAAUAAGCAUCCCAACACCUCCAGUGACCACACCAGAAGGUGAUGACAGGCCAGAGUCUCCUGAGUAUUCAGGAGGAAAUAUUGUCAGGGUAUCUGCAUUAUAAGACAACUGGUACAGGUUUAAGAGAAUUUGAGCCCUGGCUAUGGAAAGAAUCUGCAUUAUAAGACAACUGGUACAGGUUUAAGAGAAUUUGAGCCCUGGCUAUGGAAAGAAUCUCGAAGUAGAAGAAAGAAGAAACAAUAAACCUUUUUUUCAGAUUAAGAUGGCAAAGCAAGAAGGUUGGUAGCAAAGCAAAAGUAAAGCUUUCAAACUUAAGGGUGCGAAUGAAGCCACCAAAUGGCAUUUCUAGACAGAGUCUGACCUGUCCCAUAGAGGAAGACUCUGUGGCCCUUUGACUUUGCGAAUGAGCACACUGAAAGGCCACCUAUCAAUGCUUCUUAUGAUCAGAACUCUUUUUUAAUAAAACAAAUAAAAUGAAUCUUUGAACAUAAUGUUCCAGUUGAAUGCAAAACAAAAAAAUAUGGAAAACAUUUUGAUAAAAAUUUUUCCUGUUAAAACCAUGAACAUUGGCUCUGGUAAAGAUUAUUAUAGAUGAAAAAACUCAUACAGUCCAUUUGUAUUGACUGAAGGAAACCAUCCUAAUGCAUGCUAAAAUUCUUUGGAGCAGUGAUCUCAGUUUCCUUAUGUUGUCUUCAGAAUAGGCAUGAUAAACUAUAAUUGUAGAAAGGGGAAAUUUCUGUGCACUUACAAUGAGCUGAUUGUUGAUGUUCCAUGGUGGGCUGUGCAAAUAAGCUCCUUUUAGUACCACAGUGUUUCUCAUGGGGAUAGUCACUAGUAAAUCUGAAGCGUUCAGAUAUUUCAGUAUGAAUUCUUAUUUAACCUUGCACCUAGUCUUUGCUACAACUGCAAUAAUUCCUUCUAUCUCUGUUGUAUAAGGAAUCGGAACAUUUUUGUUUGAACUUUCCAUAUCUUCAUGGAUACAGUAAGAGCUGCAUUCAUAGAAAAACUUGUGUUGUGGCCAGGUUUUAGUGACUUUUUAAUCCAAAACUACUGUGUUAUAAAUGUUUUUCAGUAGUAUUCUUUGGUUCACUGUAUUCCUGUGACCUGGUACGUUAUCUGUUCCCAGAUUUCUAUAGCAUCUUUCUAUCGGUUUAUUAUUAUAAACAGGAUUAGCGUUCAGCAUAGUACAAAUGAAUUUCCUACUUUUGUAUUCCUCAAAAAGUUACUGUAAGUAGAUUGUCAUUAAUACCCUUGUCAAAAACUAGAGUAAAGGAGUUGAAACCUGUGAAUUUUCUCUGACGUCUUUGCUAUUUGUGGAAAAGCCCAGACACUGGAAGCAUCAGUAUGUGUUUCAUGAAAAGAGUCAACUGGGACUAAAAAUCACAGGAACAAUGAUCUCAGACUCUUUCUUGAUGUUUUGUUUUGCUUUAGAUCUUGAAUACAUUUUGAGAAUAAUAAAAUGCAGAGAUAUAUUGGAGUGCUUUCUGUAGCAAUAUUUGAUGAAAGCAUGCUUUCGAUGCCAUUCAAGAAAGCAACAAACACCAAUCUAUCUCAAAAGACGCCUGUGUACCACAAGGCUUGAUGUUCUCCACUAAAUCCGGAGAACAGAAGUUUGAUGAUGCAAAGCUGACCUCUAUGUACAUUUAAGUGAAAAGUCUUGAUACCUUUUCACCCUUAAAAUAUAUCAGCAGACUUGUCUGCACGUGAUGGUGUAAAAAAGUUUUAUGUCAAAUGAAAAGUUUUGUUCAUUCCAAGCCACCACUGUAAGGACUAAAGCUUAGUUUCUAUACAUGGAAAGAAUUAAUAAUUAUCCCUCUAUCAUGGAGACUUUAAAAUGCUUGUCACAGUUUAUCAUAAAAAGGGAUUAAUCCAGCCAUUUUCAGGUAAAGCCAGAAAUUGUUGCUUCCUGUUUAUAUAAUACCUUCUAGAACAGUGCUAUGCACACAGUAGAUCUUCAUAAAUAGCUGAGUAACAGAAAGAUGAACUCAGCUAUCACUUGGGAAGCACUGGCUUUAUUCCUAGUGUGUCUUUUAAAAAUUUACUAAUCUUCCUGCAACGUGAAUAUUACCAGUUCUAUUAACACCUGCCUCUUGUCACUUUAUGCUUCUAGAGAAAAUAUGUAGUGAAACUUCUUUGAUGGCACUUAUUGAAAACCUCUUAAAAAUAGACUAAGGAAACUCCAAUCAGGAAUACUUAACAUCUUUUGAUUCCCAAUUAGAAGUUCUGUUUUCAUGUUCUUAAUAAUACAUAAAAUAAAGUGCAGUUAGAUUACUUUGGUUGAUAAUUCUUCCUCUUUUGAUUUGUCAUUUAUCCCAAAUUAUUAAUUUCAUUAGAUUUAUGGAAAAGAAAUAAAAAACCUUUUGGUGUUUUAGGAGAUUUAAAAAUAUACUGUGUUGGUGGUGAAUGACUCUUGAUGACUGUGUUAAGUGCAUCUGUAUUGUAAGUGAAAUGUAAUUAUUUCUGUGUAUCAUAUGGAGUAACUAAGGUCAUUGUUUUUUGGCAAUUUUGUUUGGAAUUCAUAUAUCUUAUUUCAAAGGAUAGCAUAAUACCUGCAUUAUGCUGGAAACAAAUAGAUCUUUGGAGAAUACUUAAAUAAAACAUGUGCAUGCUUGAACAG